AUGGUUUCUUCCUUUCUGCUGUCCAACCAGUCUCCUUUAGGUGUUUUCUUCUUCUUCUUCUUCUUCUUCUUCUUGUCGGUCUUCUUGGUUGGGACCACUUCAUUCCAUGGUGCAGGCGUUUCUGCUUCCUCCGCUGCUUUUUCUGCUGUAGAUGCGACCGGGAAUAAGGAUGAAGCAGUGGCUCUCCUGAAUUGGAAAUCUACUCUUGACAACCGUAGCCAAUCUCUCCUCUCUUCGUGGCACAGCUACAAUCCUUGCCUGUUUACCGGUGUUGCUUGCGACAACUACGGAGCAAUAGCCCAUCUGAACCUUUCCAAUCUCGGUUUGAGAGGAACUCUACACGGCCUCGACUUCUCGCGCUUGACCAACUUGGUUAGCUUCGAACUGGCCUUCAACUCUAUCUAUGGCUCCAUCCCCUCAAGUAUCGGUAACCUCUCUAAACUCAACACUCUUGAUCUUUGCUUCAAUGAACUGUCCGGCGACAUUCCUCCAAGUUUAAGUAUGCUACAGAGCCUUCAUUAUCUGUACCUAUGUGCAAACAACCUGAGCGGACCAAUCCCUCAGGAGAUUGGACGAUUGGAUUCCCUUUUGGAACUUGCUUUGUCCCAAAACAGUUUCACCGGUCCUAUCCCUGUUUCGCUAGGAAACUUGAGCAGCCUGACUCAUCUUAAUCUAUAUGCAAAUCAGCUUUCAGGGUCCAUUCCUCCUUCUCUCGGAAAAUUACGCCAUUUAAUCGUAUUAGGCAUGUCGCGAAACAAACUUUUGAGGUUCAUUCUGAGCAAAAUAAGUGAUUUGAGAAACUUGAAGUCUCUUUUGUUAUGGGAAAAUGGACUUUCGGGACCCAUGCCUUCAGAAAUCGGGAGGCUCACUUCUCUUAAUGUGCUUGACCUAUCAACCAACAAUAUCAAUGGCUCAAUUCCUCAUUCCAUCGGAAACUUGACAAGCUUAUCUUUGCUUCACCUAUUUCUAAAUGAAUUUUCAGGACCGAUACCUUCCGAAAUUGGAAGCCUGGCCAAUCUAACUCGACUGCACCUUGGCAACAAUAAAUUCUCUGGUUCCUUGCCUUCAGAAUUCAAUAAGUUAACACAUUUGAGUCUUUUGGAUCUAUCUACUAAUGAAAUAGAGGGGGAACUGCCAGAAAAUGUAUGUCUUGGGAAAACAUUGCAAAAUGUCUCCAUCUUCGAUAAUCAUUUCACGGGUCCCAUCCCCAUGAGCCUAAACAACUGUAGCACAUUAAUCAGAUUGAGGCUCGAGAGAAACCAACUUAAUGGAAACAUAACUGAUGCUUUCGGAAUAUAUCCCCACCUAAAUUUUGUGGAUUUGAGCCACAAUCAUUUGAGAGGGGUAUCAAACAACGACCUCUCUGGUGAGAUACCCGCAACAUUUGGAAGCAUGCUUCAAUUAGAGAUACUGGACCUUUCCUCAAAUAAGUUAAGCGGAGAGAUUCCAAAGGAAAUGGGAAGCCUGUCGAUGCUUUUAGAACUCGACCUAAGCACAAACGCGAUCAUGGGAAAUGUGCCAACCGAGAUUGGAUUUUUAUACCAUCUGGAAAAUCUGAACUUGGCAUCAAACAAUUUGAGCGGAUCAAUACCGAUGCAGCUAGGCUCAUGUAAAAACUUGUUGAGCUUGAACUUGAGUAGAAACAAAUUUCGGAUGAGCAUUCCUCCUGAGAUAGGCAACGCACAAGUCCUCGAGGUUCUUGAUCUGAGUAACAAUAGUUUGUCAGAAAAUAUACCAGGAGAGCUUGCAAAACUGAACAGCUUGCAAGUUCUAAAUAUCUCCCACAAUAGCCUAUCUGGUUUCAUCCCACAGUCUUUUGGUGAUAUGUUGGCCUUGACUUCUAUCGAUAUAUCCUACAAUGACCUGGAAGGUCCUCUCCCUAAUGUCAAGGCUUUCAAUGAGACUCCAUUCGAGGCAUUUCAGCAUAACAAAGGGCUUUGUGGGAACGUUGUUGGUUUACCAAAAUGCAACUCCACCGAGAGCAAGAAGCACAAUCGUAAUCGUCAAUCAUCGUGGAAGAAGGAUUAUCAAGAGAGAGGAUAA